AUGAUUAGACAGAUUUUUAAUCAAUUAAUUGAAAAACUAGAUUCAACAGCAAAUUUAGUUUAUAAAUAUAGAUUUACUGAUACCACUUGGAAGACUUAUAUGUUAAAUUCUAAAGAAAAUAUAGAUGAAUUUCUAAAGUCAAUUUCUAACGAAACUCUUGAACCUUUAUUUAUUACAGAAUUAAUAACUGAAGAAUAUGAUUAUAAAAAAGAAAUCAAUGAAUAUCGAAAUAAUGGUGCUGCAUUUUUUGCUUAUCAUUAUACAGAAGAAUAUAAAUGUUUCUCUAAAUAUUUAAAAAUAGCACAAAUAUUUGAUUCUCUUAGUGUUGAAAACAAAAUUAGACAUGAAUUAAAUAAUAAUUGUUUAAUAUAUGUUUUACAACAAGCUAAAAUAGAUGAGAAAAUUAUUGAUUUAUAUUGUAUUCAUUGUUAUUCAAGAUAUCAGAAAAUUAAAUUGAUAGAUGAAGUUUCAAAAUCAUGUAAUAUUAGAAUUCAAAUAAAACGUGAAGAAUUAAAACGUCAAUCUAAUGCAAAUACAAUAAUGAAAUAUAUAGGAUCAGAUAAUGAAAAAGCUACUGAAAUUAGUAUGUAUUUAUUUAGAGAUGUUAGUAUGAAAGGAAUUUCAUAUUUAACCAAUCCAGGAGCUAAAUCUACUAUAAAAUUAUCAGAACUUAUUUUAAAUAUUAGAGAUAAUAAUGGUUUUAAACCAUAUUCACUUAGUGAUGUGCUUCAUUUAAAAUCAGAUUUAUCUGAUUAUGUCAAACAAUCAAUCGAAUUAUUAGAUUAUCUAGAUUUCGAAGUUAAACCAAUAACAAUGGAAAAAAUCAAUAAAAAAUCGAAAUCCAAAAACUAUACUUAUUAUUAUGCUGAUUUCGAAGCUAGCACACAAGGAAUUCAUAAAGCAUAUUGUGUUGCUUAUUAUAAACGAAAUUCAUCUCAAAUUUCGUGUAAAUAUGGAAAUGAAUGUGUGGAAGACUUCUUAUCUGAUUUAGAUAACAAUUCAGUUGUUUACUUUCAUAAUUUGAAAUAUGAUUCGUGUUUCUUGGCAAAAUAUGGAAUUGAGAUAUGUAUUAAGAAAGAUGGAAAAACUAUGAAAAUGAAACUAAAUUAUCACGAAAAAAAAAUUUUUUUGAAAGAUAGUUAUUCAAUGAUUUCAAAUAAGUUAUCAGAUUUUCCUAAAAUAUUUGAUUUAUCUAAUAUUCAAAAAGAGUUAUAUCCUUAUAAUUAUUACACCAUAGAACGAAUUCAAAAUAACUUUGGAAUAAUUUCAGAAGCUGUUGAAUAUGAAUCUCAAAAAUGGAAUAAAGAACAAUAUAAUUUAUUUAAAGAGAAUAUAUCUAAAAUCAAUAAUUGUCAUAUUAAAUUCCGAAAUAAUAAUUUGAAAAGUUUAAAUAUAGAUGUUGACAACUUUAUUAGUAUAUCUGCUUUAGCUAAUCACUAUUUCAAGUUACAUGUUUACACACAAAUUACAAACUUAAUGCAAUAUUCUGGGAAAGUUAGAGAAUUUAUACAGGGUGAAGUAUAUAAAGGUAGAAAUAUGUGUAGAGAUAAUACUAAACAAUAUGUUACUAAAGAUUUAUAUGAUUAUGACGCAUGUUCGUUAUAUCCUAGCGCUAUACAUAGACUAAAACUAGCAACUGGAAAACCUAUAGUAAUACCACAAGAAACCUGUAAUAAAACUAUAUUAAACCACUUAAUGUUAGAACAACAAUUAGAACCAACAAAUGAACGUUAUAUAUCAGCAUUUAUUGUAUAUAUAGAAAUAACCAAGGUUAACAAACAUUUACACUUCCCAAUUAUAACUAAGAAAGAUAAAAAAGGUAAUCAUAAUGUUAAUGAAUGUUGUACAAUGAGAGUAGAUAAUAUUAUGCUUGAAGAUAUGAUUAAAUUUCAACAAAUAGAGUUUAAUAUUAUUAGAAUAUAUUAUUGGACUGGUUGUAAAUCAAGUGUGUUUAGUAACGAGAUUGAAAAGAUAUACAAUUUAAGAUCUCAACUUAAAAAAGAAGGUAAUCCGUUACAAAACAAUUAUAAAUUAUUGAUGAAUAAUUCAUAUGGAAAAACGAUUCAAAAACCAAUUAAAAAUGACUUGGUUUACAAAUAUAUCAUUAAUAAAGGAAAAUGCGAUUCAGAUAGAUAUCUUAAAAAGAACUUUACAUUAGUUAAAUCUAUGUAUGACAUAUCAGAUAAUAAUAGAUGUUUUGAAACAAAUAAACCAUUUGAUGACUUCUAUGUUCCAAAUCUCAUUGGUGUACAAAUAUUAAAUACUGAUUCAGUGCAUAUAAACAAAAAUAAGAUGGAACUAUUAGAACAAAAAUAUAAAGAAAUAUAUGGUAAAACAUUAAGAGGAGGUGAAUUAGAACAAUUCCAUCCAGAUUUUGAUGAAUUAUCUGGGAAUGUAUAUUCUUAG